CACGCCGCUGACGUCGCAGACGGCCAGAGAGUGCCAUGAUGGCGGCGGAGCGGGGCGGCGGUCCCACGGAGGCCGAGCACUCGCUGCUGGUGGUGGUGGGGUCUCUGCGGGGAGCCCGGCCCCCCGGCGGGCUGCUCGAGCAGCUCCUGCGGCAGGUAGACUCAGGUGUGCGGUGCUGGCCGGUGAACCUGGACGUGUCGGUUCUGGACCAGCAGCUGAAGCUGUUCGUGUCGAGGCACUCAGCCUUUCUGUCGGAGGACGUCCCAGGUCAGCGUACGCUGCAGCACAGCGGAGAUGUUCUGGAUGCUCAGGUGCUGGUGAACCCGGGCCAGGACCUGGUCUGCUCCGAGGUCCGCCGGCUGCUGUGUCACCCGUCUCAACACAAGCUGCUGGUUCUGGCCGGUCAGUGCGUGGAGGACAGCGGAGACAUCGUCUUGCAGCAGCGUGGCUUCUCCUUCAACGACUUCAUCCACAUAUUCGCUGAUGAGGAGGUGGGGAGUCUGUUGAGCUCUGCAGACCCGGCCGUGAAGGCCCGCCUCACCGUGAGCUGUCCAGACUACGGUCUCUGGAAGGACUCGGCCCUGCAGAAACACCCUGUGCAGGAGUUCAUCAGCAUCCAGGUCAACCCUCCCCCUGUCCUCCCGGAGAUGGAGGGCCUGCAGGAGUUCACCGAGUACCUCUCUGAGUCCCUGGAGCCAGAGUCCCCCUUCGAGCUCCUGGAGCCCCCCAGCACCGUGGGCUUCCUGAAACUGUCCCGGCCUUGCUGCUACAUCUUCCCUGGGGGGAGGGGGGACUCCGCCUUCUUCGCCGUCAACGGUUUCAAUGUCCUGGUGAACGGUGGCUCCGAUCCCCGCUCCUGCUUCUGGAAGCUGGUCCGACACCUGGACCGGAUCGACUCGGUGCUGCUGACCCACAUCGGCGUGGACAACCUGCCGGGGAUUAACAGCCUGCUGCUGAGGAAGGUGGCCGAGCAGGACCAGGAGGCUGCUGGAGACGGCACCGAGGAGGACUGGAUGAAGAACCUCAUCUCCCCCGAGCUCGGGGUGGUUUUCCUCAAUGCUCCCGACAGACUGAAGGACAUGGACCCGGAACCCUGCCAGCUGCGGAGCUGCGAUCAGGCAGCGCUGACCCUGCAGCUCUUACACAGACUCUCGGUCACGCCAGAACCGCUGAGUCGACCUUCGGGACCAACCCUAGAGCCAGUCAUCCUAUUCCAGAAGAUGGGGGUGGGCCGGCUGGAGCUGUACGUCCUGAACCCCGUCAGCAGCAGCAAAGAGCUCGAAGCUUUGAUGCAGCUGUGGCCAAACGCACAGUCGGAUGUGAAGGGUUCAGAUCUCCCCCCACAAUGCCUUGUUUCCAUCUGCGCUCUGCUGGUCUGGCAUCCGUCCAGUCCUCAAGAGAACAUCAUCCGGGUCCUCUUCCCAGGAUGUACACCUCAGACCAAAAUCCUAGAUGGACUUGAGAAGCUCAAGCAUCUGGACUUCCUCAAGCACCCGUCUGCGUGUUUGAAGACCCUCCAAGUGGCCAAAUCCGAGAAGCAACCAAAACGCGCAGAGAGCCGCGAAAGCCUCAAGUCCCAGUCCAAGGACUUGCGACCAGGCAGUGCCUUGCAGAAAGACAAACCCGCACGAGUCGACGUCAAGAAACAAGAGACGAAGACGAAGCCAAAGGCAGCCACAGAAAGCUCCGCCAAAGAAAGAAAGGAUGCAGAGGAAAAAACUAAAAGCAAGGAUACUGAGACUAAAUUAAAGCCAGGCAGGCCUACAGAGAAGCUCGCUCCAAAGAAAGACGGAUCAAAGGAGGACAAGAAGGACGUGAAGAAGAAGGACGAGAAAGUGUCUGUCGUAAAGAAGGAAGACGUCGCAGAAAAGAAGAAGGAAGUUGUAAAGAAGGAAGUUGCAAGUACGAAACUAAAGAAAGACCUUAAAGUUGAACCAAAGAAGGAACCAAAGAAGGAUGGAAAAAUAGAGGACAAGAAACCUGCAAGAACAACGGCUAAGGAAGUGAAGAAGUCGAGCGGCGCUUCCAGCACGGCGUCGACGGCAAGCAUGGAUCAGAGAAAACCUUCAGGCAGAAGUGGGAAUGCAAAGAAGGAUGGACCCGUCCCCAAGAAAGACUCUGUGAACAAAGGGAUGAAGGGUAAGCCAGCUCCGAAGGAGGAGGAGCGCUCCCGGGCAUCGACGCCCGACACCGCCGCGGCUCAGCUCAGGAAACUUCAGCUGGAAGACCACAAUGGGAACGGUAGUGCGAAAAUUGGGGCGGCGAAGUCUGAAGAGACACAGACCAACGGCGGCCAGAUCUCCACCGUAGAGAGUCCGGAGAAGUUUCGCUGCCUGGGGACGGACCAGAACGCGGCCGCUGCCGCCUCGGCGCCUCCCAGAACGCCCCGGGGCGAGCUCAGCGUCAACUUCAACCUGACCCCGACCCUGUUCCCGGCAGCGGAGGCGUCCCCGAGCGCCGGCAUGGACGUCAGCGGGACCUCGGAGGACAAGACCCUGGAGCUGAUGUCUCCGGCGGACUCUGCCCCCAACAGCGCCGGCCACACCCCCUUCCACCAGUCCCCCGAGGAGGACCUGCAGGGCCUGUGCGAGGACGCCAGCUUCGGGGCCCGGGCCUCCAGCCUGGGCUUUGAGGACUACAACCAGGGGGGGUCCUGCAGGACCUCGGACCUCAGCUCCCUGAGGGAGGGCCCGGAGAACUCCAGCCUGCUCACCCUCAGCCCCGUCAGGGACAUGAUGCCCGACUCCUCCCCCACCAUGACCUCCAUGCCGGCCGAGGUCGGCUCGCCUCACUCCACGGAAAUCGAGGAUUCGCUUUCGGUUUCGUCAGAACAAGUGAUGCCGUCCAAAACGUGCCCCAACGGUCACCUCGGGGACCCCGGGGCAGUGCUCCCCGGCAGGCCACCCCACAACGGUUGCUAUGGGAACGGCUCCGAGGACCACAUCCACAGACUGUCGGAGCUCAUCUCAGACGUCCCCCACGAUGUGGACCUGUGCCUGGUGUCCCCCUGUGAGUUCCAGCACGCCAGGGCCCCGGGGGGCCACCACCACCACCACCCCGGGGGGCCCGGCCUCGACGCCUCCCCAGAACCGUCCAAUAACAACAACCGGUCCCUGGAUCAGAGCAGCAGCGACUGCCCCUCAACCUACAGCCAGGAAACCCCCCCCACCUCCGUCAGUGACUCCCUCACCACAGCCACCGACUCGGACGUCCCCCCCGGGACCGAGGACUGCCCCUCCAUCACCGCCGACAUGGACUCCGACGACGACUCCAGCGGCCUCUUCCUCUCCGGUCCGCUGUUCACCCCGGCACUGGGGAAAGACCCCCCCCCAGCCCCGGUCAGAGACCUGCCCCCUCUGCCCCCCCAGUCCGGGGCCUGCAUGGUGGACCCCGAGGCCGACAGGAGCCUGAGGGCUCCGGCCGCCAGGAAGAAGCCAGUGCAGAGGACGGCGUCGGGGAGCAGCCUGGUCCAGAGCGGGAAGUCCAAGGUGGGCGUCUCCGCCGGGCCCCCGAAGACCACCGCCCCGCUCGACACCAAGCCCCUGCCUCGGAGUUCCCUGGGGGCCAAGGGUGGCAACGCAAGACCCCCGUCAUCAGGCUCCCGGGCUGCUGGUUCUGACGGUACUCCGGUCUACGUGGACCUUGCCUACCUCCCAUCGGGCGCCGCCUCCUCCACCGUUGACCUGGACUUGUUCCGGCGCCUGCGCUCCUCGUAUUACAUCAUCAGCGGCGAGGACGUGGGGAAGGAGGCGGCGAUGAGGAGCAUCCUGGACGCUCUGCUGGAGGGCAAGAGCAGCUGGCCGGACGUCCAGGUGACCCUCAUCCCGACCUUCGACUCGCUGGCGAUGCACGAGUGGUACCAGGAGACGCACGAGCGGCAGAAGGCCCUGGCGGUCACGGUGCUGGGCAGCAACAGCACCGUGGCCAUGCAGGAGGAGACGUUCCCCGCCUGUAAGGUGGAGUUCUGAGGCCAGGCUCCGCCCACCAGACCUCCAGCCUGGCAGGGGGCGGAGUCCCAUGGACAGGCUCCGCCCCUCAGAUGUCAUGCCCCCACACCUGCUGGAUCAGCACCUCAGAGAUCUUCGGCACGUUUUAAUUCCGUAAAUCAAUUUGAGUGGACCAAAAGUAGAAUCACGUAGACUCUGACCAGAACCUGAGCGGUUCUGGACCUCACUGAUGUCACAUGACCUGGCCUCAGCCGCGGUUAGCUGUCCCGUAACGUUGUUGUUCCUGUUUUAGAGUCGGGUUUUCACUGAAUUUUCACGGCUUAAUGAAAAAAUGUCAUUUUUUUAUUACAGAUGUUUGUCCAUUUUUUUAAUUUUUUUUUUUAUUGAAUAACUUAAUAUCGUAAUUAUUAAAGAGCACUCAGAGCUUGGUGUGAUUUUAAACUUUAAAACUUAGGACUGAUUUAGGUCCUGAUCCAGCAGGCGGUCUAACCUGCAGAUCCUGCUGUGGCAGUGCAUUCUGGGAGUUGUAGUCUGCCAGAGUUCAGCAUCUGCAGGUCAAAAAAAAAACGGUUGUUAGUCAUCCAGUCGUGGAUGAUUUCUGUUUUGUUGUUGUUGUUAGUUUGAUGUGAAAAACAAACACAUUUCAGCUUUUUAACUUAUUUAUUUAGUUCACCUCAGAUUUUCUUGAAAUUGGACUUAAGUCUGGAUGGGAACCACCAUCGUUUUAAACGACUGAAGCUGCAGAUGCCGGUUUUAGCACCAAAUCAUUCCGAUGGAGCUGAUAUCCGAAUAAUUCAGAUGAACGAUGGGUUUUGUGAUUUAAAUCAUGUCGUUUCCUCUCGAAGUUUGAAACUUGAACCUUUAGUUUUCCUCUCGCUUGUCGUUGUACGUUUGUGUUCUGAUGAAAGACACCCGAAACACCUGAGAUGCUUUCCAAACACGAUUUGUGUACCAGAACACUAAUGACACUCUUUCAGAAUAAACAUAGCUGUUGGACAGAGA